AUGAAGACCACAUCCGCAAUCUCAUUCGCAGCGUUAUUUGUGUUGUUUAUCUGCGUGACGUCAAUACGUACGCACCCCUUGCUGGUAGACAGGUUUGCAAAUUUCAUUGUCGCGAACGGGAAAACUGUCAGCGAAGAAGGUUCCAUCAUGAACGCAGCGCUGUCCUGGGGUAAGUGGCAGCAGGGCGAUGAGGACGUGACCACAGUGAACUACAUCGGAUUCAACACUGCUAAGGCGGCGAGCUUCCGCGCGUCGGGCCGCGAUGGCAGCCCCUCAGGCGCCGAGGGUACAUUCGACAUAUACGAGGGAGGAAGGAGGAUAGCCCUCGUCGAAUUUUCCAUACCGUUCUGGGGUGGGAACGAAGUCAAAAUCCAUGAAUUCGACGACCAAUUUGUGUGCAACCAGAAAGGCUUGACAGCAAAGGGCUCCCCGACUAUCAAUAUAAAGUGUCACAGGAUCCCCAGU